AUGGAUUCCGGAGAAGGUAGCAGUAGCGGAGGUUCGAAAAUGAAAAACUUCAACGAUCGCUUAAAAGAAUUGCACAAAAUGAGGCAGAAGGCAAGAAAGGAGAACCACGAGCAAGUUGUUGAAGAAGAUAGACGAAAUAAGCUUCCCAGAAACCACGAAGCGCGAAAAGAACGUGAAUCGUGGACCAUUAAAGAACUUGAAGAGCGAAAAGCUGCGGAAGAAAAGGGACUUGACUAUGAAAGAUUAAAAGCGAUAGAAACACCAGCAGAAAUUGCUGAUAAACUUGAAUUGAAGCGAAAACGAAAGAAAAACCCAGAUCUGGGUUUCUCGUCGUUUGAAGACAUGACACUACGACAACACACAAGGUUGACUUCGGCGCUCGAUCCCGAUCUUCAGUCAUACAAGAAAAUGAGAGAAGUGGUCGGAGACGAUCAGUUUUAUCCUACAGCAGAUACUCUUAUUCAUGGUUCACAUUACCCAACGACGUCGGCAAUGGAAAAAUUGGUGAAUGACGUCAAAGGACAAGUCAAACGGCGUGAACAGUUUCAUCGCCGUCGUUUGUAUGAUCCAGACGCGCCUAUUGAUUACAUCAAUGAAAAAAACAAGAAGUUCAACCAAAAAUUGGAGAAAUAUUACGGGAAAUACACCGAGGAUAUCAAAGACGAUUUGGAGCGUGGAACAGCCAUCUAA